CUCUUUUAGUUGAGUUGAGACCAUCAAUCAGCAUAAAAAAAAUACACUUCACUUUAGUGUUUGUGAAAAUGUCGUUCGACAUUCAUUGAGAGCGCUAUACAAAUUAUUUUUCGUCUGAUACAGAUAAAGCACGUGGUGGUAAUCAAAUAAUUUGUUAAUCAAAUUUCAUUUCAAUUUCAACAUUCGAUUGUGAGUUGUGGUUCUUUGCACACUCAAAUAAAAUAUCCUUUUUUGUUGUGUGAUUAUAUUAAAAAUUGAUUUAUUGACACAAAAUUAAUUGGCAAAUUAUGAGACGAUUUGAUUAAAACGUUUUGUGCUGGUUAUUUAAAUAAUAAAAAAAACGACAAGACAAUUGUACAUAAGAACCAGUUUAUAAAACUAAUUACUUUGGUGCGUGGAUAGUUUUUUUUUCUUAGUUGUUCUUCUUAGUGGCAAAUGUAAAGUGUUGGUUAAGUGCUUAAGAAUUAACAAUUUUUUCGUACGCGCAUUUUCAUCGACAUAAUGGAUACAGUUUGUGAAAAAGAAAAUUUGCAAGGAGCCUCUUGCUGUCGUAAUGAUAAAAACAAAGUCUGUAAGAACGCUAAUGAAACGGUGAUAAAACAAAAGUCUGGAAAAGAAUUAUCGGGACUAACACACGAGUGCGGUGUAUUUGGUGCAUUGGCUUGCGGUGAUUGGCCGACAGAUCUAGAUAUAGCUCAGAUAGUAUGCUUAGGUUUAGUUGCACUUCAACAUCGAGGCCAGGAAUCGGCAGGCAUUGUGACCAGUAUGGGAAAAUGUGCCAAAUCAUUUAAUGUGCAAAAAGGAAUGGGCAUGAUCAACAACAUUUUCAACGAUGAAUCCAUCCGACGGCUGAAGGGCAAUUUAGGUAUCGGACAUACGCGAUACUCAACGUCAGCAGCUUCGGAAGAAGUGAAUUGUCAGCCAUUUGUAGUGCACACGGCUCACGGUGCCAUGGCCGUUGCUCAUAAUGGUCAACUGGUGAAUUGUGAGAGUCUUCGUAGAAAUGUAUUACAAGGCGGCGUUGGUCUGUCCACACAUAGCGAUUCUGAGUUGAUCACUCAAGCGUUGUGUCUGAAUCCUCCGGAAGGCGAAAAUAACGGUCCGGAUUGGCCUGCCCGGAUAAGACAUUUAAUGACACUAGCUCCACUGUCAUAUUCGUUGGUUAUAAUGAUGAAAGACAAAAUUUACGGUGUACGUGAUCCGUAUGGAAAUCGUCCGCUUUGUAUUGGAAAAAUAGUUCCAAUUAACUUGGGAAGACACACGUCUCAAUCUGUACCUGCCGAAGGUUGGGUUAUUUCCAGUGAAAGUUGUGGAUUCCUGUCGAUUGGCGCCCGAUACGAAAGAGAGGUCGAACCCGGUGAGAUUGUGGAAAUAACACGUGAUGGUAUCCGAACCAUUGACAUUGUUGAACGGCCCGAGAACAAGAAAUUGGCCUUCUGCAUCUUUGAGUACGUUUAUUUUGCCCGAUCUGAUUCGAUUUUCGAAGGUCAAAUGGUUUACUCCGUUCGAUUGCAAUGCGGAAGACAGCUAGCACGCGAAGCUCUUGUACAAGCCGACAUAUGCAGUUCAGUUCCGGAAUCUGGCACAGCGGCAGCUCAUGGUUACGCAAGAGAGUCUGGUCUACACUUUGCGGAAGUUCUGUGCAAAAAUCGAUACGUUGGCCGAACAUUCAUUCAACCAUCAACACGACUACGUCAAUUGGGCGUAGCUAAGAAGUUUGGUGCUCUAUCGGAAAAUGUUGAAGGAAAGCGACUCGUCCUAAUUGACGAUUCAAUUGUGAGGGGCAACACAAUCGGUCCAAUAAUUAAACUGCUACGUGAUGCUGGCGCACUUGAGGUUCACAUUCGUAUCGCUAGUCCGCCGUUGUUACAUCCGUGCUACAUGGGAAUCAAUAUACCAACACGCGGUGAACUAAUCGCGAACGAAAUGAAUCCCGCACAAUUGGCUAAACAUGUUGGCGCUGACAGUCUUGCCUACUUGAGCGUUGAUGGUUUGCGCAGAGCUGUUCGUCAUAACAUGAAAACAAGUAAACCGAAUGAAUCUGAUCAUUGUACGGCCUGUUUGACUGGUGAAUAUCCUGGUGGUUUACCCGAAGAACUGAGCUGGUAAUAGAAUCUACAUACCAUCUACAAAGAGCAUUUGGGAUCAAACAAAAACAGAGCAAACUAAUAAAACUCUAACUAUAAAAUACGUUAAUCUCUUCCAUUAGGCUAGUUGUACGAUUUUUUUUUAAUAAUUUUUAUAUCCUUCCGAAGAUCAUUAAAAUUAACAAAUCGUUCGAAUGGAAAAUAAAAACUUUGCUGGAAAACUGCAA